AUGGUUUUCUUUCUCUACCCGUUCAUGGUCUCUCUUGCCGCCGCGUUGGUGGUGAGAGACCAAGCUCCCAAGCCGCUCUCUUACACUUUGGAACAACACCCCAAAAAGGAGUUGGUGCAAACUUUUGCCCCUACUUCUAAAAGAGAUGGUUCCCAAAGUCUGAAGCUUUUCGUUGACAGAGGAGAAUUUGUGAUUAACUUGGGGAUCAUCGACAAAGACCAAAAAUUGGGGUUUGCGUUUGACACUGGCUCUUCAGACUUGUGGGUUGACGCUUCCAAGUUGAAGAACAAAAAUGGGUUCACCAAGAACGGCCAGGAGUUCGACAUUUUCUACAGUGACUCGUCGUACGUGAAGGGUGAGUACGGUACCUCGUCGGUGUGGCUCGAGAACGGCGUCGAAGUUAAGGACUUGCAAUGGGCCUUGGCCAACGAAGUUGAAAUUGGGGGCUAUGAAUAUGGUGGCAUCCUCGGGGUCGGCAAGGAAGACCUCGAGGCGCUGUACAAGCACAACAACGUCAGCUACCCCAACUUCACCCAGAAGUUGAAGGAUGACGGGUUGAUCGGCUCCAACUCGUACUCAUACUUCCUCAACAAGACCAACGCCACCACGGGCUCCGUCGUGUUCGGUGGGCGUGAUCUUGCUAAGGUGAAGGGUCCAGUUGCCACCAUCACCCCCAACACCACCGACGUCGACUCCCAGUACGACUCGGUCACCGUCUCUAAGUUCACUGACGAUAAUGGCGGCGAGGCCCCUGAGCUCGAAGUGGUGUUGGACACCGGCACCACCUUGUCCUACGUCCCCUUCGACACCAUCGAUGCGUUGAAGGUGCCUGGGGUCAGUAUCGACGUCAACCACUAUGUCAUCACCUGUGACCAGCCUGAUGAUAAGUAUGUGUCGUUCUGGUUUGGCGACGUCCAAAUAAAGGCCAGUUACAACGACUUAGCUGUCCGUGAGUACGAUGACGACGGCAAGUUUACCGGCAGAUGUCUUUUCGGUAUCCAGGGCAAGCAAUGGCCAGAUCCCCAGACGCUUGGGCAAACGUUUUUGCGCAACGCUUACAUCACCGUCAACCAUGACGAAAACCAGGUUUUGAUUUCUGAUGUCAACUACACCGACGAGGAGAACAUCGUCGCCAUCUAG